UCCCGACCUCGUUUUGCGAACUUGCAUCCUCCACACCAGCCUUCAUCACAAUAUGGGCCGUCUUCGUCGCUCAAGGACGCAUCACGCCCAAAGGGAUGUCCAUCGUGCAGCAAGGACAAGGGCUCGUACAAGAGACAUUGAUCAGAUCCAGUUGAUUGAUUUGGACCCGAAGAACCGAGCAAAACUCGAGGCACAACCUCUGGACUUAGAAAAACCAGGUCUCGCGCAGCACUAUUGUGUAGAAUGCGCAAAAUACUUCGAGACCGAUGCAGCAUUGCACUCCCAUUGGAAGAGCAAGGUGCACAAGCGGCGGUGUAAAGAGCUAAAGGAGCCAGCUUAUACCAUCGAGGAGUCAGAACGUGCUGCAGGUCUCGGGAGAGAAGAGAAGCGGACUUCUACGACAGUGGCGCCGAUGGUUAUUCCUAUACAGCAAGAUACAUGACGGAGUUGUGGUAUCAGUGCGUGCCUGUACCGUACGUUUGGUUUGGUUUCUAUCCUAUGUCUCCCUUUUUUGCUGCCUGAA